GGUACCUGCGGUUUCCAUGUUCACCCUUUAAACCGCUCAUUAGCAGUUGCCACGCUGCUCGACGGCGACGAAAUCAAAGGCCGGCACUCUUCCCACUCCACCACCCUAUCCACUACUUAAUUGAAUCCGGGGAAGAGUUAAUCACAUCCCACAAAGAUAUCGGUAAGUGCAGAGUAGAAUGCCUGCUUCUUCAUCCACCAGGCAGCUUUUCCUCCUCUGCCUCCUCAUUCCAAUCGCAUUCUCAGAUGGAAUCCAGCUGAUCCUGGUGAACAACUGCAACUACAGCGUGUGGCCGGGCAUCCUCGGCAGCGCCGGACACCCAUCGCCUGAGAACGGCGGCUUCCACCUGGAAGUCGGCGAGGAAGCGGUCUUCGAGGUGCCGAACAAGUGGUCGGGGCGGAUCUGGGGCCGCCAAGGCUGUGGUUUCGACGGCCUCGGCCGAGGGCGCUGCGAAACGGGCGACUGUGGAGGGGUGCUGCAGUGCAGGGGCUCGGGCGGGGCGCCUCCGGCAACGGUGGUGGAGGUGACCUUCGGCACCGACCGUUCCCCCCUUCACUACUACGACGUGAGCCUGGUGGACGGGUUCAACCUGCCGGUGACGGUGGCUCCGGUGGGAGGUGGAGUAGGGUGCGGAGUUGCAGGGUGCGAGGUGGAUCUGAACGCCUGCUGCCCCAGCAAGUUCGAGGUGAAGGGGCAGGGUGGGAGGGCGGUGGGGUGCAAGAGUGCCUGCCUCGCGCUGGGGGCGGACAAGUACUGCUGCCGUGGGGACUACGCGUCGCCGGCAAUCUGCAAGCCCACGCUAUUCUCCCACCUCUUCAAGGCCAUCUGCCCCCGCGCGUAUAGUUUCGCCUACGACGACGCUUCCAGCUUGAACAUGUGCAGGGCGUCAAGAUAUCUCAUUACCUUUUGUCCACCUGCAAGAGCACGAUGAAGAAAAACCCAGUUCCUCGUGAAGUUUUCAUAUUUAUCAUUUGACCCUUAAGUUCUAGAAUAUUUUAAUUUGCUUUCGCGAGGAAAAUUAAGCGGAUUCAAAUUACCAUUUUAGAAGCUUGGAGGUUAAAGUGUUAAAUGAUCAAACAUGCAUCACGGGGGAAAGUGGAAUUAGUUUAUUUAAAAGGCUUCAUUCUUAUAUGUUAGUAUGAUUGAUUAAUGUUAUGGAAGACAGCAAAGUACGUAGUUAGUUGUGGUUGUGAGGUGCAGCAGUGGAUUCAGUACUGUCAUUUGUAUAACUUGUGGCUUGUAAUAUCGAAUAUUCGGUAAUUUACUAAAACGAGU